AUGCGGCCCAAUAUCACCGUCAAUGAUGAAGAUCAAUCUCAAAAAAGCUUUAAGGGACGACAGAGAUCGCAAAGGAUGAGAUCCAAUAUCCGUCCAUCCGAUCCCCAGUUUGAUAGAUCUCGGUUUUCAGAUGAGGAAUACAUUGACCUUCUACUUUCUGAAAUCAAGGAAUUGCAUGCAACCAUAUCGGACUUCACCACAAAGUCUUUGAAACUAGAGACGCUUCUUAAGGAGCACGAUAUCCUAAUACCGACAGAUUCGGAGAUAUUGACACCGGCUGCCGAGCUAAAGCCAACCGUAUCUGUUGAUGAGGACGACGUUCCCCAACGGUCCGCACGCCGAAAAGUUAGUUGCCACGAAAUUAGCGAGAAUCCAAACGAAACAAAUGUCACACCAGACAGAGCAUUUCUGAAUUCAAAUGAAGACCUCACGAUAGAUGGUGCCUCCUCAAUUACUUUCAAUGGUCGUGUUGAGGAUGGCGUUCCACUCUCAAGCACAAUGAAAAAUGAACUUUCGGCAACUUUAUCCAAUCUGUCCAGAAGUAGGUUCCAAACCACAGAUUCUGAUAUCAUAAGCUCCAAUGGGACAAGGUCUGUACUUGGAGAUGAUGUUACCGCUGCCGAUGAAUCUUUACAGAAAAAGAAGGAUGUUCCAGAAAUUUUACUAAGUCCGCUCGCUCGGCACUCAAGUAUGACCAGUACGAUUAGUGAUGUAUCUCAAUCCCUGACGAAGUUUGGUUCAGCCUCGACGAUCAUAUCUCACAAAUCGGGACAACAAGCGAGCAUCAACACUUCUCAAUCCAAAUUCAGCAGGGAAAAGCUACGCGAGGGUGCACAUGGAGUUAUUGCCAGGAACUAUGCUUCAUUGAAGUCAACUGAGCUGUUCGCUAAUUCAACUUUGUCUCCACAAAAGAAUAUUACUGGUACGAAGAGUUCUGACGAUCUGCGCAACCAAACUCAAAGCACACCUCUCGCUUUGACUCUGGAGAGGAGCUCUUUGAUGAAGGAGAGUUCUCAGGAAGUCAAAAUUCCUCUGACUCCGGAUGCCUUCAGCUCCAAUUUUUCUUCUAACACACAUAAUGGGUCCCUUAAAUCCGAUUUUCGAACACAAGGAUCGUAUGACUUCCAAAACGGGUUGGAUUUUUCCUCCUUUACUUCGCCUUCCAAGUCAAGCUAUUCAGCUAGAAGCAAUUCCAACUUGGAUGUGGCGAAGACUCCAAUAAGUCACGUAUUUGGUUCCACAGAUUCAUUCUCGAGCCCCAAAAAGUCUUCGCGUACCCCAGGCUCUAGUUUCAAUGUUUUACACACACCAAAAGUAGAAGAAGAAAUUCCCCUUUUCAUCCAACCAGAGGAGUUCUACAAUAUCAAUAUUAAGGUUGUCAGCACAAUCCCUACUAACUCGAAAAAACUUGAUGAUCCUAAUUGCACUUUCGCAAUCACAGAUAAAGAGUCUGGAAAAGAGAUGUGGAGAGUUCGCAAGACAUAUAGUCAAAUAGCGGGUUUUGACUCGGAAAUCAGGCCUAUUGUGGAAUUUUUUGGCUUGCCCCCAAUACCAGAACGGUCCUUGUUUAGCUCGACGACACCCCUGAAAGUCGCUAUGCGAAAACAAGCUUUGCAAGAGUACUACAAUACAAUUUUUUUGAUGCCUAGUAUCCCUCAAGUUGUGUUACAGCGCUUCUGUCGUUACAUUUCACUCGAUUUCGUCAAUCCACUUGAUGAUUUCAAAUCUGGGGCCAGGAAGGAAGGGUAUUUGAUCCGCCGCUACAAGAGUUUGGGAACUGCCUGGAAAAUUCGGUGGUGCCAGGUCGAUGGCCCUUCUCUAGAGAUCUAUGAUUCACCAGGGGGAACAUUGUUGGAGGAAAUUGGCCUUACUGGAGCUCAAAUUGGUCGUCAAUCACCGGACACUGUUGCCGAAGAAAGGGGCUAUCGACAUGCAUUCUUGAUUUUGGGGAAGUCGAAGGGUAACAAGCUUUCGUCAUCAACCCCUAAACACUUUUUGUGCGCUGAAUCUGAUGAGGAAAGAGACGAGUGGAUAGCUGCUAUGGUGGAAUUUACGGAAAAUGAUCCACUCAAAAGCGAUCCCUCGCAAGUUGAGAAUGAAUAUCAUCUGAGAUCCCUUGAACCAAUACUGGUUGAAGGUGACACGCCUACACAGCUAAUGAGCCCAACAAGCAAAUUUGGAACACAGGAUACUUUAGGUUUUAAUGGCGGGCUCGAGGAUUGGAAUGCGAAAGAUCAUAAAGAGCUCAAAAGGGCUAAAAUGCGGAGCAUUUUCUCUUUCAAGCAUCGGAAUCCUGUUCAACUUGAUGACUCAAAUGAACUGGAAACGCAAGGGCCUCCCAAUGCGAAUACUGCUGAUACUAGCAUGAAUGCUUAUCUAAGCCAAAUGAGUCUUUUGGAGGAGCCCACUCGUCGAAUUUUUGGCCGGGACCUUGCAGAAGCAUAUAAACUCUCCAACCAUUCCCUUAAUGGGCAUUCAAUUCCUUCUAUAUGCUAUCGAUGUGUGGAUUAUCUCAAUAAGACGGGAGCGAUUUAUGAGGAAGGAAUUUUUCGUCUUUCCGGCUCUGCCUCAACGAUCAGGCAACUUAAGGAGACCUUCAAUUCCUCUUACGACUUAGAUUUGUUUCUGUCUCCAUUAAAGCCAGAUAUGCACACGGUAGCUGGUCUCCUCAAAACGUUUUUGAGGGAACUUCCAGAACCCAUUUUGGGUGAAAAAGCUUACAAUGAAUUUCAAGUCUAUGUUACUAAUGAGGGCUCCAAUUUACUGAAAUCUGCUUUAGCACUUAAAAUGCAAGAAUUUUUGAGAGAUCCGGUCAAUAUUGACCUGAUUCAUUACGACUCAUCAUUCACAAUCUUCAAACUCUUGAAGUCUGUUGUCGAUCAGAGUUCAAUGAACAAAAUGAGUCUAAAGAACAUGUGCAUUGUGUUUGUUCCUACACUUAAUAUUUCUGUGGAAGUCUUGAGCGUGUGCCUAACUGAUUUCGAUUGUAUAUUCGGGGAGGCAUUGCCUAUCCCCGAUAAGGACAGAGAACGCAUGGAUCUUCAAAUUCCAUUCUACUAG